AUGGCAAUCACGGACUCCAUCCUCGAGGAGGAGGAGGAUCGCUCAAUGGAGCUGUCCUCCAUCUCCGCCAUCUUUCCAGAAAUCAAAAUCGACGAACGAUAUCCUUUCCGAGCCACUUUAGAUAUACCCAUCACGCCGUCCGAUCCGCUGCUAGUGAAGUUCGAGCAAGGGCCCGAGAACUUCCAAGCUCCCAUGACCCCGCCGACCUCGUUGGAUACAAAUGAUGCUGGAGUGGAUGGAGAAGCACUCGGCGAGCAUGCGCAGAGAGCUGCUCAGAACAUACAUGACGUACAUCAACUAUCACAUUUACCGCCCUUGACAUUGGACAUAGAACUCCCACUUGGCUAUCCCUCCGAAAAACCCGCGAUUUUCAAUAUCGCCACCAGCCCGCAGUGGCUUCCGCCGGCACAGAUAGCCAAACUCAAAGAUGACGGGAAACGCCUAUGGGAAGAAUGCGGGAAGGACAUGAUCGUUUAUACAUAUAUCGACCAUAUACAACAAAUGACAGAGAGCGCCUUUGGAAUCGCCAAAAAUCGAGACGAGCCUGUCAAGCUUCAUCGCGGGUUGAAAAUUGCGCUCCUGGACUUCGACAUAAAAACAAAGAGAGAAAAAUUUGAACGUGAAACUUUUGAAUGCGGCGUUUGUCUGGAGCCGAAGAAAGGCGCUAAUUGCCAUCGCAUGCUACUCUGUUCACAUGUUUUUUGCAUCCCUUGCCUACAGGGAUUCUACAACAGCUGCAUAACUGAAGGAGACGUGGACAGUGUUAGAUGCAUGGCUCCGGAUUGUGGCAAAGGGUUAAAUCCUGCUCCUGCCCAGGGGAUACGAGAUGCUGCGAUAGUUCCCAAGAUGAAAAAGAAAAGAAAACACGACAGGUCUAUUAACCCAAGCGAGCUUCUUCAGAUUCCUUUGGAGCAAGAGAUGGUUUCAAGGUACGUUUUCUUGAAACGCAAGAAGCGAUUAGAAUCAGAUAAGACCACUGUUUAUUGCCCCCGGAAAUGGUGUCAAGGAGCUGCCCGCUCUAAGAAGCAUCCGAAGCCUAAGGAUCCCAUGGUGGAUGACUUGAGUGAUUCAGAAGAUGAUGACAAUAUUAUGGAGUUUGACCCUAUGGGCGAAGAGUCCCAAUUACCUCCUAUGGCUGAUCGAGUUUCAAUCUGUGAAGACUGCGACUACGCAUUUUGCUGCGUUUGUAAGAAGGGGUGGCAUGGAGAACUAGAAAGGUGCUCGCCACGACGUGAGGCCGAGCUUACGGCAGAAGAGAAGGCUACGGAGGAGUACAUGCAACUGUACACGAGACAAUGCCCGACAUGCAAGACACCAUGCCAAAAGCAAAUGGGCUGCAACCACAUGAUUUGCUUCCAGUGCAAUACCCAUUUCUGUUAUCUUUGUUCCGCAUGGCUUUCCGAAGACAACCCAUAUCAGCACUUCAACACGCUAGACAGUAGUUGUUUCAACAGACUCUGGGAGCUUGAAGGUGGUGACGGCGUUGACCCGGUUGGUGCAGCCGCGCUUCAUCAGAUCCCGGCAAACCUAGUGGACUUUGACGAUGCGAGUGAAAACGGGGAGAUCUCCGAUGACCCUGAUAUUGAAGACGAUCCUCCCGCAUGGGAAUUUGGCUCCGAGGACAGUGACAGCGAUAGCGAUCUAGACGAUGGUCGCCCUCGUCGCCGACCUCCACCGCCAGCCCCCGUGCCCCCUCGAGUGAUGCCCGCUGCUGUUCACCCUCAUGGAAACAACCAAGAUAUCGACCUUCGCGGUCUCGACGCCGCGGGUAGAGCUGCAGCAGCCGAGCGUCAAGCCCAAGCCCUUGCCAUGGCUCAAAUCAGGGAUCGGGCAGGAGCCCGCGAAGCAUUCCCUCGUCCUCCACAUCAUCGUGCUGCAGCAGGCUUGCAAGUUCGCCGUAACAAUGCCGGAGGAGCCUUUCAACCAGUGCGGCAAGAGGGCUUACAACGCUUUCUAGAACUCGUUCAAAAUGACCAAGAGGACGAAUGGGACAGUGACGAAUUAGAUGAAUGA